AUGGUGGGAGUUCCGCACAGUACAGGCUGUGCCCUAUGUCGCGAGCGACGGAUUAAGUGCGAUGAGGUAGUCCCAGAGUGCAGCCAGUGCCAGAAAUAUGGUCGCACCUGUCCGGGCUACAGGAGAAUCUUUCGAUUUCAAGACGAAGGCCCCAAUCUCGCACGGCGACAUCGCUCCAACACGCGACGGAAGGGGGGAGGCACAUUGUCAGACCCACCUGCGUCUGCUACAUCUUCAACGCCUGACCCACUGCCCCCUGCACACGAGGAGUCCGCUGCCGCUGCAGAUGUAGUGCGCGGCAAUGCGAUUGCCCUUAUGCGGCGACACUCCUCCUUAAGUGGCUGGGAUGAAAAAGUAUCGCCGUCGCUGGUGCGCAAGUCCUUCCGUGCCGCGCAGCCACAAUUAUUCCUCGAUUUUAUCGGCACGUCAUUUCCAACUCUCUAUUACCAUAAUCGGUUUCGCUCUGGCGAUGCGCCCGGGUUCGCCGAAUAUAUUGUCAUGAAUUUUGGCAAAGAUGCUUACCUCGACUCCGCAGUUUGCUGCUUAAGCUCUGUCUAUUUAGCACACUUGACUCAAGAUCAAGCUCUUCUCAAAGCAAGUCGACAAAUGUACUCCAAGUCGCUGGGUGCGGUUAUCCGGUCCAUCCCGAAAGCCCACCACGCUAAGUCCAACAAUAUGCUAUGCACGACCCUCAUCCUCAGCGUAUUCGAGAUGUACGCACAGACCACACCCGACGCCUGGGUCAUACACUCUGACGGCGUCAAGCGGCUGAUGAUAAGCCGAGGCCCAGAAGCGCACGAGUCCGGGUUCGGAAGAUACUGCUGGAUUGCAUUCCGUGGCUUCCUCAUUGCUACCGCAGUCUACGAAGGCAAACCCUGCUUUCUAGACCAAGAAGAAUGGCAAUCCUACGCGGGGAAAGUCAGGACCGAAGACUGCCAGAAGCCCGGCGAGUGGUCUGCAUACGCAGAAAUAUCCGACCUAGCUUUCAUGGAACUCGCCAAAUGCCCGCGAUAUAUCAGCGAGACCCGCGAUCUCCUUUCAGCUCCGACCGAGUCAGACUCGAAUUCCCUCACAAAUCUCACCAAACGCAUAGAUAACACUUCCCGUCGGCUGCGCUCGCUCGCCGCGGAGCUCCGGUCCUGUAUCAACGCGCACAGUGAGCGCCAGCAAGGUAUCGUCCAGCGACCCGGAUCCUUCGUGGGCCCCGUACCAGAGAUCUUCCCCGACACUGGUCCGUCGAUACUCCUCAACGGAGCAGAAAAUAUGCUAGAGACGCUACAGCAGCUCUCUGACCGUCUUGAAGACCGAUUGCGCUUUACGCUCGUUGAGGAUCAUUCGCCGGAGUCGUCUGUCAUCACGCCACCCAGCGGUGGUAGUGAAUACUCCACAUCUCCGGUCUCUGCGACGUCGAAGAACUUCACCGUCCCCUUUCGCAUUCAUUCAGAGCUUGGACAGGGUCCGUCUAGGACUUCUGAUCCACAAGACCCACGUGCAGUGAUCUGGUUGGACCGCAUAGCGUCGUCGAUGGGUGUCCUCGGCGCAAAGGUCCUUCCAGGUGAUGAUUCCUCGGGUGUUUCAGUACAUAUGGACCACCUAACCCAAUUAUUGGAGGCGCAAUAG